UAUCCUUUAAUGGCUAAAUGAUUUCGAAGUUAUCGAUCAUUAUUACUACUAGCUAGAAAUCGGGGACGUCCUCUCUUUCAUUUUCCACAAAAUACGCAAAGCGGCAUGACCAUUUUGACGAGCAACCAGCUAUAGGUUAGCUCAUACCAAAGGCCAGUGUUAAUCAUCAGCUAUAAGUUUCUCAUAUAAAGACUCUCUUCCCUCCAUUCCAUACGCAGCAUCUAUCUAAGCAUCAAAAUGGAGAAAUCACUAGAGACAGAGCAUCCCAUCAAGGCCUACGGAUACGCUGCGAAAGACACUUCUGGAACCUUCUCACCCCUCACCUUCUCCAGAAGAGCUACAGGGGAUAACGACGUUAGAUUCAAAGUUUUGUAUUGUGGAAUCUGCCAUUCGGAUCUUCAUUAUGCUAAGAACGAAUGGCUCGCGUCUACUUAUCCACUAGUUCCAGGGCAUGAGAUUGUGGGUGUCGUCACCGAAGUAGGAAGCAAAGUAGAGAAAUUCAAAGUUGGUGAAACAGUUGGCGUUGGAUGCUUGGUGGGAUCAUGCAGAUCAUGUCAAAACUGUUCUAACAAUCUUGAACAACACUGCCCCAAGAUGAUCAUGACCUAUGCUUCUACUAACUUCGAUGGCACACUCACAUAUGGUGGCUACUCUGACCACAUGGUUUCCGAUGAGCAUUUUGUGCUGCAUUGGCCAGACAAUUUGCCACUUGAUUCCGGUGCUCCAUUGCUAUGUGCUGGGAUCACAACUUACAGCCCCCUCAGACACUACGGACUUGACAAGCCUGGUAUGAAGAUCGGGAUAGUUGGUCUUGGUGGACUCGGUCAUGUUGCAGUGAAGUUCGCUAAGGCUUUUGGUGCUGAAGUUACAGUUUUCAGUACGACCCCAGAGAAGAAGGAGGAAGCACUUGAAAGACUUAAAGCUGACCAUUUCAUUGUUAGCAAAGACGUGGAACAAAUGCAGGCUGCUACUGGAACACUUGAUGGUAUCCUAGAUACUGUUUCUGCACCUCAUCCAAUUGCACCGUUUAUUGAUAUCCUCAAAACGGCUGGGAAGCUUGUUCUUGUUGGUGUGCCGGAGAAACCACAUGAGUUGCCAGCAUUUCCUUUGAUCUUAGGGAGGAAGAUUAUUGGUGGUAGUAGCAUCGGAGGACUAAGAGAGACUCAAGAAAUGCUUGUUUUCUGUGCGAUGCAUGGAAUAACAUCGGAUAUAGAAGUUAUCUCGAUAGAUUAUGUGAACACAGCCAUGGAUCGUCUCUUAAAAUCUGAUGUUAGGUAUCGGUUUGUGAUCGACGUUGCGAAUUCAAUCAAGGCUCCACUUCAAACAUGAGAUGCAGAAGUUGAUGAAGGUUUCAGCAGAACUUGGUUGUACUUUUAAAGAUUUAUUCAAUAUUAUGAUACUAGUUGUAACUUGCAACAAAAUAACAAAAAUGAUCAGAACCAUCACAAUUUUAUUUAAUAAAAUGGUGUUAAAAAUACGUUGUAACACAA